CUUCCCGCCGCGACCAUACGAACCUCCUUCCCACUAAUUUCCCAAAAUACCCUUACUCUCAAAUGAAUUGACUACAUUCCUUAGGGUAGUGAGUAGGUGGAUAUUGCUAGUUGAAGUGAGGCUACUUCAGGUAUGGCAAAUAUUUUGUCCACACGCAACGAGUCGGAGCGGGACAAGCGCGCAAAUAAGAACUGGGGACGACGACGACCACGACGACGACGACGGGGACGGCGAGCAAUCGAAGGACGAUCUCUCCACGAAACCCUAGGACCGGAUCGAAACCCUAGGGCGCUAGGGCUCUGAUGGGCGCUGCGGCGAUGGCCUCGGCGGCGCGGCGCUCCGUGCUUAUGUACCUGGUGCUCAGCGGGAGGCUCUCGCCGCCGGAUUCGGCGGCGGCGAAGGAGGAGGACGAUUUGGAGGCAGGGAGCAGGAGAAAGGAGGACGACGAGAAGAGGAGGGAGAGGAAGAAUAAGAAAAUGGGGCCGGGGCGGUGGCCGGAGAGGUCUCCGACGACGCUGGGGGAGGCGGCGGCGGUGGCGGCAAGGACCGUGCGGUUCACCUACGCCGAAACCCUAGGGAAGUGGCCCUUAGGUGAACUCGCGUUCGGGAUAAAGUACUACAUGAAGCAACAGGGUAAUCUGCAACAUGAGUACACAGGAAGUAAUUGUAUACAGUUGAAAGGCAAUGGAAUCAGAUCAGAGCUGAUUUCUCUCUUAAGAUAUUUGAACCUUUGCAUGUACUUCUCAAAGAAACCGUUUCAAGUGUUUCUGGAGUUCGGCAGGUAUGGCCAAGACAAUGUUCUUAUCCAAAAGUCUAAGGCGAGGCUUUUGAAGCCGGCUUUCACAGUUAUACGUGACAGAAGUUGCCGAAGUUUUAUUCUUUUUAUUCGAGGGGCUAUAAGUGUUAAGGAUAGACUGACGGCAGCGACUGGUGCAGAGGUUCCCUUUCACCAUGUAGUUUUGCAUGAAGGAAGUGUCAGAAAAGUCGUCUUAGGAUACGCACACUGCGGGAUGGUUGCUGCUGCACGUUGGAUCGCGAAACGUGCGAUUCCCUGCCUCCGUAAGGCGGUUCUUCAAUACUCAGACUACAAAAUCAAGAUUGUUGGGCAUUCAAUGGGGGCUGGUAUCGCAGCAAUUUUAACAUACAUUCUUCGUGAAUAUGAAGAGUUCUCAUCGUGCACAUGCAUAGCGUUUGCUCCAGCUGCUUGCAUGACAUGGGAUUUGGCGGAGUCCGGCAAAGAGUUCAUUACCACUCUUAUCAACCGAACUGAUCUGGUACCAACUUUUUCAAAAGUUACUGCCGAAAACCUCCGCUCUGAGGUCAUGGCAUCACCAUGGGCAAAUGAUCUAAGGGACCAAAUUCAGCAAACGAGAUUCUUAAAAAUAGUAAAUCAAUCUGUAACAUUCUUUCGAUCUCAUUUACCAUUCAUCUCCGGUCCAAGAGCUAAAGUUAUGGAUGCUGACAUUCCCGAGGCUGUUCUGGGCAAUGCAGCAGAUACCGCACCCGUGACUAUCCACACCAGCCUUCUUUGCUUGUCAUGCCUUUGUCCACGCCAACAAGCCAUUCUUUCAAAAGCUUCUCAGAGAAGCACAAAGUCUGCUUAUAUCGAGCAAGUUAGCCGCGAAACACUUACAGUUGACAAAGAAAAGCUUCAUGUUUCAUCUUCUAGAUCAUCUGAAGAAAUUACUAAAGGCAAACUCCGCAAUCUUCUUGAGGAGGAACUUCACGGGCUAGUUGGAGAAGCCUAUGCUACAAAGGAACUAGCAGGCAAAGACGAAACCGCAGUGGAUAAGCAAUUUUAUCCCCCUGGAAAAAUCAUGCACAUGGUUGCGUUGCCCCCGCUGCAGGGUGAUACUGCCGAUGAAAUCAUCGGCAUAUACAGAACUCCCAGAGAAUUGUACGGUAAGAUCCGACUCGCAAGAACUAUGAUAAGAGAGCAUUACAUGCCGCAAUAUAAAAAAAUGUUAGAAUUAUUAAUUGACGAGCUCGGGAAGGAUGAUGAGGGGUGUGCAUCUUUGUAAAGAUUAUGAUUCAUUGCAUACUUUAUUGUACAAAUGGAUUGUACAAAAUUUGAUUGGUGUACAAGACUCGUCGGAACUGUACAAUUGAAAGUGCAUUUGUUGAAUGCGCCUGC